GGAAAAUCCAUAUCCAAUUUUAAGACCAGAGGUUGUCGAGAAAAGCGGGGAAGAGGAGGAACUCUAAUCUCUCUCUUUCUCUCCAGAUUUCGUGGCGGUCCAGGCUGAGAGUUCUUCGCAUUCAUCAUUUGAGGCUUUGGGUGAGAUGUUAGAUGUGAUUGAAAAGAUUUUUAUCCUUAACCGUCCAGCGGAGGGCACCAAAUUCCGUAUGUUAGGGAAUUUCUGGGAAUAAAAGCUGUCUAUUGCUGUGAAAGUCGUGGUAUACUAUACUUCCCUUGAUACCUUGAUGGAAGACCAGUCUUUUGUGUCUGUUGAACAACCUUUAACUGAAGAUGAUGCCUUGCUUAUGCACAAUUUGGGAGAGGAUCAUCCUGUGUCCCUUGGGCAAACUUUAUCGGUGGGGCAAGAGUUUGCAGAUGUCGAUGAGUGUCGUCGGAUGCUAAAAGAAACUGCAAUUGCUUUUCAUUUUGAUCUUCGAAUGGUGAAGUCAGAUAGAUGUCGUGUGAUAGCCAAGUGUGCCAAAGAAGGAUGUCCUUGGCGUGUACAUGCUGCAAAGUGUUCCAGUGGUCAAACAUUUACAAUAAGGACAUUGCGUGGAGAACAUACCUGUGAAGGAGUUCGUAAUUCACGCCAUCAACAGGCAUCUGUAUCUUGGGUUGCAAAGUCUGUUGAGUCAUGGCUUAGAGCUGAUCCACGCUACAAGCCCAAUGACAUACUAAAAGAAAUACGUGAACGACAUGGAGUGGCUGUAUCAUAUAUGCAAGCUUGGCGAGGUAAGGAGCGUAGUAUGGCUGCUGUUCAUGGAUCUUAUGAAGAAGGAUUCCGCCUUCUUCCUGCAUACUGUGAACAAAUUAGGAAAACAAAUCCAGGAAGUAUAGCUCUUGUUGUUGCCACAGGACAAGAAAAUCACUUUCAUCGCCUCUUUAUAUCUUAUCGAGCAUCUAUUUAUGGUUUUAUCCAUGGUUGCCGACCUCUCUUGGAACUAGACAGAGCAUAUAUAAAGAGCAAGUACUUGGGCACCCUCUUAUGUGCUGCUGCUGUAGAUGGCGAUGGCUCAGUCUUCCCUCUGGCAUUUGGCGUUGUUGAUAUUGAGACAGAUGAGAACUGGAUGUGGUUCCUAUCAGAGUUGAGGAAACUUCUUGGAGUCAACACAGAGAACAUGCCUAGACUGACAAUAUUAUCUGAUCGGCAACAAGGAAUUGUAGAGGCAGUCGAGACACAUUUUCCAACUGCAUACCAUGGUUUCUGUUUGCGAUAUCUUAGUGAGAAUUUCUGUGAUGAGUUUAAGAACACAAAAUUGCUUAACCUGUUCUGGAAUGCUGCUUAUUCACUUACAACAGCGGAGUUUGGAGCAAGAUUGGGGGAGAUGGAAGAGAUUUCACGCGAUGCUGUCCAAUGGGUGAACAGGUAUCCACCUAAUCUGUGGGCUGUGGCUUAUUUUGAAGGAGUGCGAUAUGGCCAUCUUACUUUAGGCAUCACACAACUGUUGAGUACAUGGGUUAGUGACUCGCAGCACCUUCCAAUAAUCAAGGUAAUGGAGUCUUUCCGGGCUCGACUAACGGAUUGUUUUAGUGAACGCCGUGAUAGAGGGGCAGCAUGGUCGGCCAUACUCGUGCCAUCUGCAGAAAAACGCAUGUCGGAAGCCAUUGCUGAUUCUCGAUGUUACCAAGUUCUUCGUGCAAACGAAGUUGAGUUUGAGAUUGUCUCCACUGAGCGGACAAAUAUUGUGGAUAUAAGGACCCGCUGCUGUUCCUGUCGUCGCUGGCAGCUUUUUGGCCUGCCGUGUGCACAUGCUACUGCUGCUCUUCUGUCCUGCGGCCAAAAUGCCCGUCUCUUUGCAGAAUCUUGCUUCUCAGUCGCAAGCUAUCGGGAGGCCUACUCUCAGACCAUAAGCCCAAUCCCAGAUAAAAGCCUUUGGAAGGAUAGGGUAGAAGGGAGCAAGAAUGGUGGUGCUAGCGUUGAUAUAGUCAUUCGUCCGCCCAAGACCCGCCGGCCACCUGGCCGCCCGAAAAAGAAGCUUGUUCGUGCAGAAACCCUUACUCGGGCAAAGCGGAUAGUGAGUUGCGGGCAUUGCAAUCAAUCAGGUCACACACGGAAAAAAUGUCGAGCUCAGAUUCUCGAGCAGAUAUAGCUGGGCUGAGUUGUGUUGUAAUUGUACAAUACACCAUGGAUUCACUCCCUUUUUUUCUUCACAGUAUGCGAAUUGCUACUGGAUUGCUGCAACUUUCCCGUCUAACCAGCUUGUUGCCGACGACGGAACCCUUCUCACUGCAUAUUGUACAGUUUCCAUUUUGACAUGUGGACUGUUCUCACUAACUAACAGAUUUGAGAAAAAGUAAAGCGUGGAAGAUGCAAUAAUUGCACGGAUUGAAUGGAUCCACUUUUUGUUGGUUGUAUUCCAAGGAACGGCUUUCUGUUCAAUCCAGCAACAUAAUAAAUUUUCUUUCUUCUAUUGUCCGACA